CUGAAGACACGGCGGCCGCGGAGAGCUGACGAGCCGGAGUGAGGAGUAUGUAGCCGCGCUGUCCGCUCAUAUUUGUGCUUCUCUUACCCGGACGAAAGGAUUUUUGAGCAUUUCUGGAUAAUACAAAAAAAUGGUGGGCAGGCAGUAAGGCUUGACAGAAGAUGCGACGGGGGUGGUGGCUUGUCAGAUGGCUUGGGACAGGAAUGGCAAUCCUCUCUUUACUUACCCACAGCUGGGGCCAAGACACAGAAGACUGGCAGUAUGAGGAGUGUAAGCUGUCCCGGCCAGGCCCUCCUGCAACAAUAGUGACCAUUGAUGAAGAGAGCCCCAACGGUACGAUUUUGGUGGAAAACAUGCAGAUUAAUGGUCGUGCCCAGGACCCAGGCAGGACCAUUUCACUGACUCUGCUGGACAACUAUGACUACUGGGUGAUACUGGAACCAGCGCGGCAGAGACUCUACCUCAACAGCACUGGGCGUGUUCUGGACCGAGAUCCCCCCAACUACAUCACCACCAUUGUGGUUCAGGUCCAGUGCACCAAUGAGCUGGUUGGUACGGUCAUUUUCCAUGAGGUACGGAUUGUAGUGAGGGACAAGAAUGACAAUGCCCCUCGAUUUCAGCAGCCGCGCUACUAUGUGGCAGUAAAUGAGCUCACACCAGUUGGAACAACCAUUUUCACCGGUUUCUCAGGAAAUAAUGGUGCUACAGACAUUGAUGACGGGCCCAAUGGACACAUAGAAUACAGCAUCCUCUACAACCCUAACGAUCAAGAAUCUAACGGGACAGUAAGGGUUGGAAACACCCUGUCAGGACACAUAAUACUUGCAGAGAGGCUAAAUUAUGAGGAGAGAACUCGCUACCUGGUUUUGGUCCAAGCCAGUGACCGCGCUCCAUACCCCCCCAACAGACUCUCAGCUACCACCACUCUGACUGUGGACGUCCUGGACGGCGAUGACCUGGGUCCUAUGUUCCUGCCUUGUUUUUUAGUGAACAACACUCGUGACUGCACCCCCAUCACGUACCGUAUUACCAUCCCUGAAUUCACUGAACCGAGCAAACUGAACCCCCUGAAUGUGACUCCCCCCAUUCGGGCAGUGGACAUGGACAGAAACAUACAGCCCCCAUCGGAGAGACCUGGCAUUCUCUAUUACAUCCUGGUUGGUCAUCCGGUCACGUAUCAAGAGUAUUUCUCUCUAAACAGGACGACUGCAGAGCUGCGUGUUCUGAAGCCCGUCAGCAGGGACUUGUAUCAGAGGUUCACACUUAUCAUCAAGGCUGAACAGGACAAUGGUCACCCCCUGCCAGCCUUUGCUGACCUCAUUAUAGAAAUCCUGGAUGAGAACAACCAGGCACCGUAUUUCCAGUUGGCCACCUAUCAGGGCUAUGUGAGCGAGUCCUCCCCAGUGGGUACCACCAUUUCAGGCAGUGCCAACCUCUCUGCCCCCCUGGGAAUCAUCGCUUUGGAUAAUGACAUUGAAGAGACAAAAGACCCCAUGGUGAAGAUUACUCUGAAUGACUACACCACGAUCUUCGGCAUGACCCCAACUGGGAUAAUCCGCUACCUCAGGCUCCUCAAACCUGUGGACCGGGAGAAGCAGAUGUCCUAUACUUUCACGAUGAUGGCUUCAGAUGGCGUCCAGCAGAGCAGCCCAGUAACUGUCAACAUCUUGGUUAUUGAUGCCAAUGACAAUACACCAACGUUUGCAGAGGUCUCCUACAGCGUCGAAGUCUUUACAGACAUGCUGCCUGGAGAGACGGUGCUACAGUUAACUGCAUCAGAUGCUGAUGAGGGACUGAAUGGUCUGGUGACCUACGAGAUACUGGCUGGCGCCCAAGGAGACUUUAUUAUUAAUAAUCGGACUGGACGCAUCACUGUGGCGCCUAGUGUCACCUUAAUUGUGGGACGAUCUUACGCACUGACUGUCAAGGCCUCUGAUAAUGCACCAGAGAACCAGAGAAGGAGCUCCAUUACUACAGUCUACAUAGAGGUUUUGCCACCCAACAAUCAAAGCCCUCCUCGCUUCCCCCUCCUCACCUACAACGUAGAGGUCAGCGAAGCCAUGAGGAUUGGAGCUAUUCUGCUCAACCUACAGGCUACUGACAGAGAAAAUGAUCCGAUCACAUACCGGAUUGCCAGCGGGGAUUCCCAGAAGGUCUUCAACCUCUCUGAAACGAUUGGCCUUCUGCUUCUGGACAUGCCUCUGGACAGAGAGACCACUGAUCAGUACCGUUUGAUUGUCACAGCGUCCGACGGCAACCCUGGAGGGACAUCCACAGCUACAGUGAACAUAGUAGUGACAGAUGUCAAUGAUAACGACCCUGAGUUUGACCACACCAUCACUACUAAUUUUACUGUCCGUGAAGAAGAGGCCAAUUCAUUCGUAGGAGAAGUCAGGGCAACAGAUCCAGACGCAGGAGCUAAUGGCCAGGUUGAUUACCGGAUUGUGAAUCAUCCCGCUUUGUUUGGAAUCACUGUUAAUGGCAGCAUCUACACAAGAGUGCCACUCGACAGGGAGUCAAGAAGUCAGUAUGACUUGGUAAUAGAGGCCUCAGAUGGAGCAGUGGAUCCUCGACGGACCACAUUGACCGUCUCGGUCCAGGUUGAGGAUAUAGAUGACAACAGCCCGGUCUUCUCCCAGCAGUCCUAUGUGGUUAAUGUACCUGAGAAUAGUCCUGUGGGAACUGUGGUGCUGAGGCUAAGUGCGGUGGACGCAGACCUUUUCUCCAACGUCACAUACCACAUCAAGACUGAGUCGGCGAGGCAGCUGUUUUCUUUGAACCCUGUCACGGGGGACUUGGCUGUGCUGCAGACCUUGGACUUUGAGGACCUGGCAGCUAUGGGCAUGGGAACAUCUUACACUUUCCAGAUGGAAGCUGUCGACCAAGGAGGGACAAUGCCCCCUGGGGUGGCUACCGUGACAAUCCGCAUUACGGACAUGAAUGACUUCUCCCCUAUCUUCAAUCAAGACCUGUAUAAGGGUUUGGUGGCACCCAAUGCAGAGAAAGGAACAGUCAUCACCACUGUUUUAGCUGAGGACCGAGACCCACCAAGUACUCCAGCAAGUUUUGUGCGCUACACAGUGGACCUGGAAAGGUCACCAUACAGUGGAAGCAUCUUUGAUGUGGAAGAGAAAACUGGAAGAGUCAUCACGAAGGUCAACCUUAAUGAAGAGCCCAGUGUCACCUUUAAGUUGUUUGUGAUUGCCUUUGACGACGGGGAGCCUGUGAAGACUAACAGUACUGUGGUUGAGAUCACUGUCCUCCAGCCUUCUCGCAUUCCAAUCUUCACUGAUGAAGAGUACAGGUUUCCUCCAGUUAGAGAGCUGGCUCCAAUUGGCACUCCAGUGGGGACUAUUCUAGCUGCUGCUAUCAAUCAGACCAUCUUCUACUCCAUUGUUGCUGGAAAUGAACUAGGUCACUUUAAGGUGAACAACAGAACAGGUGUCAUAUCCAUUGCAGAACCCUUGGAUUAUGAAAAUGUGACCAGCUAUGUCCUCAGGGUCCAGGCAGACUCUAUGGUGGUGGUCAUGUCCAACCUGCGUGUGCCUUCUAAAACUAACACUGCCAAAGUGUUCAUUGAGGUGGAGGAUGAGAAUGACCACCCUCCCGUCUUCUCCAGGAAGCUCUACAUAGGCGGCGUGACAGAAGACACCAAGAUUUUCAGCUCUGUGCUCAAGAUAGUGGCCACUGAUAAGGACACUGGGAAUUACAGUGCCAUGGCUUACCGUCUGAUUAUUCCACCCACAGCAGAGGGACAAGACAGCUUUGUCAUUGAGACCUACACAGGUAUCAUAAAGUCAGCCAUCAAGUUUCGAAAUAUGCGCAGGUCCUACUUCAAGUUUGAAGUUAUAGCCACAGAUGACUAUGGGAAAGGUCUCAGCAGCAGUGCCGAAGUCAUGGUUUCUGUGGUCAAUGCCUUGGACAUGCAAGUUGUUGUGUCCACUGUCCCCCCUGCUUUAGUGGAAGAGAAUAAGGAGGAGCUGAUUAAGAUUAUGGAGCAAUAUGUGCAGGACCAGAUUCCGGGUGCCAAGGUGAUUGUUGAGUCCAUUGGACCGCGUCGGCAUGGCGAUGGCUUUGAGUUGGAGGACUAUAGUAAGUCCGACCUGAUGGUGUACGCCAUUGACCCAGUCACCAACAGGGCCAUUUCCCCCAAGGAGCUCUUCAAAUUUCUUGAUGGGAAUGUGCUGGACAUAAACAAGGACUUCCAACCGUACCUGGGUGAGGGAGGCCGCAUCCUCGAGAUCCGCUCGCCAGACGUCGUGGCCAGUGUGAAGAAGGCUGCCCAGGCCGUGGGCUACACCGAAGGAGCUCUCCUUGCUCUGGCCAUCAUCAUUAUCCUUUGCUGCAUUCCUGCCAUCCUCAUCGUCAUGGUCACUUACAAACAGUUCAAAGAGCGGCAGGCAGAGUGUGCCAAAACCGCCCGGAUUCAGAUGGCUCUACCACCAGGAGGAAAAACCGCUCCGACAGCAGCUCCCACUGCUAACCUCUACGAAGAGCUGGGCGACAGCAGCAUGAGGCGUGGAUACGGCAGACCGCAACAGCAACUGCUGAGGCCAUCUCUUCUGAGACCUGAGGAUCUCUCGAUGGAGUCUGGUAUCGACCAAGGCCAGGACUACUACACACAGGACUACUAUAAUUAUGACCAAGGGUAUGAUUUUCCUCAGUAUGGGAGCCGGAGGCGGCUGAUAUCUCCCAUGUAUGAUGAAUAUGGAGAGGUGAUCGUGGAGGAUGAUGGGUAUUACUACGGUCAACCUGGUGGACGAGGCAGAGGAAGAGGUCGCGGUGGCGUGCGAGGUAGAGGUUCACCCAAAAGGGUUGGGUUUAGGGACCUGCCGCCAGAGGAUGAAACUGGCCAAGCUGAGCCAGAAGAGGAAGGUGAACCCUCUAAGGCGGCCAAGAGGCUGAAGUCUGUCAUGAAACUCAGCAAACUCCUGGCUGCCAGCAAGGGAGGAGAGCAGCCCUCAGAUGCCGGUCCUUCUGGCCCAUCUUCAUGGAAGAGAGCCAAGAUGCUCAAGAUGUUUGGCGCCGGAAAGAAGGACAAGGAUUACGCCAAACUGAUGUCAGCCCGCCGCAUCGACAGUCAGGAGAGUCUGACCGACAAACCAGCAGUUAUGGGACCAAUUGAAAGUAGGUCUGAUGCCCGCAGCCGGCUUAGCAAAGUUUUAAAGAAAAUCAACUUGAGUAACAAGUUGCAAGUCAGGAGGAAGUCACAGAGUAGCGUGAGCCAGGGCUCAGCCACCGGCAGUGAGAGAGAUGAGGAUGCUUCGCAAGCAGCCAGUGAGGAUGAAAGCAAGUCUAAAGUGUCUAUUAGUGUGACAGAAAGUGAGCCAGAAGCAGGUGCAAGUGGAAGCAGUAAGGAGAAAACCUCUGAUGGGGAUGAAUCCUCAGAAAGAAGCAGCGUUGACAAAGAUUAUCUUAAAGUAGAUUUAGACAGAGAUGAUACAAACGAAAGCACCGUGGACUCAGAGGAAGAGCUGGAUGAAGAGUCCGGGGAUUCAGAUGAGGAAAGUAGGUCCAAAUCUGAAGAGGAAACAGAGAAAGAAUCUGUCAGUGAGAAAGAAUCUGCCACCGAAAGAGAGUCUGAGUCAGAAAAAGAGUCGGCAUCAGAGGAAUCUUCAGCUACAGAAAAAGAGUCAGAAACUGAGGGAGCAUCAGAUUCUGAGGAAGAGUCGAAAUCUGAAAAAGGAACAGAAUCAGUGACGGAAAAGGAAACAAGCACAGAAAAGGGUUCAGCAACUGAGAGUGAUUCUGAUGAGGAGUCUGAGGAAGAAGAGGCUUCAGGCAGCGCUACAAAAAGUGGAUCGUCUGCACGUUCUUCUAUGAGAUCAUCAGCCACCGAGGCCACCAGCAAGGGGAGCAGUGUUUCAGGCAUGAGCGGGAGUGGAAGCAAAGGAAGUGAAAGUGCAAGUGAGAGUGGAAGUCGUAGCGCUACCAGUGCUGCAUCUUUAUCUAGCUCAAGUGUUCGGUCAUCACAGAGAACCAGCUCAUCAAAAAUAACCUCAGAGAAAUCCAGUGACGAAGUCAGCGAAGCCGAGUCAGGGACAGGAACAGCCAGCGAGGCCGAGGCUGAGUCAGGCUCUGGGUCAGGAACGGAAUUGUCUUCAUUUAGUGGAUCCAGUAAGACAAAACUAUCCGGUUCAGACAGAAGUGCGAGGUCCUCAUCCGGCAGUCAGGUGACUGAGCAGAGCUCAGCGAGGAGCGUGGAGAGUUCAGCUGAUUCCCCGUCCACCGCUGGGAGUCAGCAUUCUCAAAAAUCCGUCCUGACUCGUGGUUCUGUGGACACAAUCACAGAGGAGAGUGAGGAAGAGGAUGAGGAAACACCUGAGAGCGGUGACGAGAGCGUAGAGUCUACUAGCAACGCGAGUGACGAGUCGUCGUCCAGGAGGUCCAGCGUGGCCUCUGAGGGCCCCGGUCCCUCCGCCCCCUACAGCGGGCCUCCCUCCAGAACUGAGGUCAGAAGCCCUGCUCCCAUCGCAGACGAGAUAUACGGAGGACUGUCUCCCAUCACUGAAGUGGACGAGGAUGCCAUCUCCACUGAAAAGUCUUCAGUCAGUGGCUCGACCGAAACGGAGGAAACAUCAGAUGCCGGUUCAGAGUCUGAUGGGAACUCAACUGCCUUCUAGAGAGAUAUAUUACCCUCUGUGAAGUAAGAGUAAAUAAAAUCAAUUACCCUUGCAUGGGUGUGAAGAAAUAUUGCUUGUCUCUUCAGAGUCUUGAAUUUACUCUUUUUCUCUCUCUUUCAUGGGCAAGGAAAAAUCUUGGUGAUUUUCCACUGCAAAUGAUCUGAAUCUGUCUUUCUUAUGUCAUUAACUUAUUUCUCUCUGAUGUUUUUGGUGUGCUUUUGCCUUUUGUAGAGCCUUAUACUCCUAUUCUACUGUGAGAGUUUUUGCAUGUUGCAAUACUACCUUUUUCUUAGUAUUUCCCUUUGAUGUUUUUUAGUGGAAAUAUUAUUUUUCAUGGUCCAUUCAGUCCUAAGAGAUCGUGACUCAAUUCACUUUGAUUGCAUAGCACCACUUCACUACAAACGUUAUUUUCAAGUCACUUUUACACAUAAAGAAAACAAGUUAAUUGCAAUCUAUUUAAGUAAAAUCCAAUUUCAUUCUAAAUAUAGUUCAUUAUAAUCAACUUAAUUGAAAUUAAUUAAUUCCAAUAGAAUCCAGAUUUGAACUUCAUGUAAUACCAGUUAAAUGAAAAUCAGCCAAGCCAAGGAUCCGACAUAUUGCAUUGAAUCUUCACCUACUGUAUGUGCGAUCCCCUAACCUCAUUAAGGACAAGGCAAUAGUAAAGAAAAAUAAAAAGUUAAACCAACAAUGGAAAAAAAACUAUUGGUGGUUUAUCACAACAUUUUUUGGGAUGCAUUUUCUUUUUUUUCAUUUGGUUGUAGUUGUUAUUAGGACAGUGCUUCUUUACUAGACGUAUUGGUAGUAGUCUAUUUUUUUAUCGUAAAGUUUAUUUAAAGUGGGGUCAUAUGAGCUGCUUUAUUGCUGUAUUAUUGCUUACACUAAAUUGCAGUCUGCAGGCUUGGAGAGAGGGAAGUAGAAUGGCACAGGAUGUUUUAUUUGACCAAUAGUAAAAUUGACCUUAACCACAUUUUUAAAAACAUUAUAUGAUCAUAUACUUAUAUACUAUAUUUUCACUGCUUUGCUAUCAGACAAUAGUCUCGGACAGGGAACUGAAGCUGUUACAUCCCUGUAUCCUCCUCCAGAGCCACUAAACUCCUUUGAUAAAAGCAUUAAUGUUAUCUUGCAGAGCACAGAUGGUCUGCAGCUGCCGAUUUUUUUUAGUUUGUUUGAAUGUUGGCACCAUUCUAGAGGAGACAAAAGUCAAAGAAACGGUUAGAUCAGCUACUGCCGUAUUGUGUACGGUAAAAACACUCAAAGGACUACGGUUGACACUCUUUCAGCAGCAGUAUAUUUGAGCUCUGUGAAGCUAGGUUGAUUUUUUGUUUUUGUUUUUGGCCAUGAUCUCGCAUUGUAUUGGAUUGUAGGAAAGAGCAACCAUUGUGCAGAGUCCCCUCCAUCAUAUCCCAAAGAUCCUCAGUUGGGUCGGGGUCUAACUUCUCAAGUGCUAAGUGUGAAAAUGAUGUCUCGUGCUCCAUGAAAUAUUCUUUGGUUCACGUUGCUGAAACUGCAGUUGAUCAUCCCAUCCAAGUCCAGGCACUGGGUCAAAUACAGCAGGUUACAUUACAUUUCUCUCUAUGCUCCCAAACUAAAUUAAGACUAUUAUUUUUUGGUUUACCUGCUUCAUAAGAUGUACUGUAUUAAGUCUACAUUCCUGUUUAGUCACGUCAACAUUACUGUGAGAUCUACUGUUGAUUUUCCUUAAUUUCACAAAUUUAAUUCAUCUCAGGUCACAAUCAUUCAAGGGUUUUUAUGACCACAUUCUUUUUCUCCAAGAUGAUGUUUCACACUUCAAAGAUUAUUUUUCACACCUCAUUAUUUCAAGGUGAUAAUACAUUGUUCAGACGGUUUCUCGACCCAGUUUUAAUAGUCUCAGCAAUCUUUUAAGCUGUGUGUUUGCUUGAAGCAGACCAGUAUUUUGACUCGUCUGAAAGAGGAACAUCUUUUUCACAACUUCAGAAAUGGUUAUUUAAGGAAUGAGAUGUUAAUGGGUGCAAUCAAUAAAUCUUAACAGAAAUAUUUCUUAUGAAAUUUCAUCAAGAGUCCCUUGUGAAUAGUGUGAUCUCAUUUAUCUGCAUGUGUUACGUUUGCCUUUUUAGUUCAUAGACUUGUACACUCUAUACCAGGGUUCGGCAACCCAAAAUGUUAAAAGAGCCAUAUUGGACCAAAAAUGCAAAAAACAAAUAUGUCUGGAGCCGCAAAAAAUGAAAAGUCUUUUAUAAGCCUUAGAAUGAAGGCAACACAUGCUGCAUGUAGCUAUAUUAGUUAUAACUAGGGGAAGAUUUUUUUUUUCAUUAUGCACUUCGAGAAAAAAGUCGAAAUGUUGAGAAAAAAGUCGAAAUGUCGAGAAAAAAGUGGAAUUGUCGAGAAAAAAGUUGAAAUGUCGAGAUUAAUGUUGAAGUACAAUCUCGAGAAAAAAGUCGAAAUGUUGAGGAAAAAGUCAAAAUUUCGAGAAAAAAGUCAAAAUUUCGAGGAAAAGUCAAAAUGUUGAGAAAAAAGUUGAAAUGUCGAGGAAAUAGUCAAAAUUUCGAGAAAAAAGUUGAAAUGUUGAGAUUACAAAGGAAAGGAAACAGGAAGAAAAAAAAGAAAAAGAAGAAGAAAAAAAGGAAAAAAAAAGGUCAAACAUUUUUGAAAAAGCUCCAGGAGCCACUAGGGCGGCGCUAAAGAGCCGCAUGCGGCUCUAGAGCCGCGGGUUGCCGAUCCCUGCUCUAUACUGUAUAUUGUUUUAUUUUUUUAUUGUAUUAACUCUGACUUCCCCGC